AUGGGCCACCACCAAUGGGAUGAUCACCAAUGGCCGUCCGUCACGGCGCAGAUGCCAGGUGGGCAGAUCGGCGGCGAGGCGGGUAUCGAGCGAGCCAUGUCGCUGUUCCGAGUAUGGGAGGAGGCCUACGGAUUGAAACACGACAUCCACAUGCCGCCCUCAAAAAUCACCUUGCCGGCCAUCGUGCCGCCCGCGCCGCACCUGGAGGAGUGCGAGGCGCUGACAGCGGCGAGGACGGCGUCGGAGAGACGCGAAGGCAACGGACAGCCUCCUCUGUGGGCGCGGCCGGCUGUUAACUGCUCCGAAUGCAACCCGCAACCACCAUGGGUGCGCGGAUCCGACGCGGACAACCUUCUGCUGACGCGCGUGGCGCAGCGGGAUCUGUGGGAGCACCAGAUCUUCAACGGCCGCUGCGACGGCAAGCGCCUGCUCGUCGUGCCCUGGCCCUCAGCCGCUACCCACGGCGUUGGCUCGCAGAUUCAUCUGAUGAGCACUUACCUGAGCCUGGCCUUGAUCCACAACCGCACACUCGUGCCCACGCCUGGCUCGUACGACCGCGCGCUCACCGAGACAUGCAAUGCCACCAGGACAGGCGGGUCGUGGAAUUGCUACUUCUUCCCCAUAGUGAAUCCCGACUGUGAGCGCGUGGUGACAGACAUGAUAGCCAAGAACACCAUGCCCGCCCUCUCCUCGGACGAGAAGGGCCACGACCGUGUCUCUGCCUCGGACGACCUUGUCGUUUACCUUAACUCCAGCUGCGACAGGCAGAUGACCUACGAGUCCCGCGCUUCCAAGCUAUGGGGCGAUGCGUACCUGAGGGCUCCGAAUGUGCUGGAUCACAUGGGGGAGCGGCCAUAUGUUAACAAUAUAUACCUCAUGGUGAACUGGUGGCGCUCGCAGGUGACGCGCUUCAUGAUGCGCUGGCCCUCGCCGCACAUGUGCCACGAAACCAACAAGGAGCGCCAUAUGGCCUAUGGGCUCCACACCGCGUCGUACCUCUCGCGCUACCUGGAAACGCAGGCCGAGAUCAUACGGGCCGUUGCAGGGAACGCGUCCGAGACAGACGAAUCGAAGAAGCUUGUCGGGAUCUCCACUGGCCCUCCGGGGCCCAUCGAGACUCAAAUAUGGCCUGUCCGGGGCUUCGAGGGGUGCAAUGAGACGUGCACGAGCGAGGCGGAUGCCAAGGCGAUAAAGGAUACUUAUGCAUCGGUGGGGGUGGAGCCGUUUGUGAUGCGGCCUAUUGUGAGUGUGCACGUGCGGCAGAGCGACAAGGGGACUGAGAUGCGCCUGUCGUCGUUCGCCACUCACAUGUUCUUCGCGCAUCGGCUGCGGCGCUUCGUGCCGGACCUGCGAUAUGUGUGGCUCAAUACAGAGAUGGAGUCUGUGGUGAAAGAAUCAGCAUUGUACACUGACUGGAGGUUCCUCUUCUCCUCCAACUUGCGCCAGCCGGAGGAUUCCAGGUCGAAUCGCGAGUAUGAGGGCAAGCAGUCAGUCACAGCGAGUUUCGCAAGCGCUAUUAUUGCGUCGCAGUGCGACUACUUUGUGGGUGCCCUUGCGGCGAGUGCCUUCUCCGAGAGGCCUGACAUCAAGUCGAUGAUAUCAAGGCGACUCGAAAGUAGCCAGCGCCACGUGGUCAUGCUCGCCGUCUCCUUCGUACUAGUGCUCCUCUCUCCGCUGCGUGCAUCAGCGUCCCCUCCAAGGCCAUUUCUGGAUUUCACAUUCUCUGAGGCAAACUCCGAAUACCCGCAGCCUCGGAGGGACCCUACCAUUCGCUUCCUCACAUACGAGUGGCUGGAUCAACCAGGUGGGCUAGGGGACUAUCUCACAGGGCUGGCUACCACCUUCGUAUGCGCCAUGCUCACAAACCGCGCCUUCAUAGUGAAGCAUGCUCUCCUGCCGCUUGCAUUCGAGCCGAACCUCGUUGAUUGGUCCUUCUCACCAGAAAUUCCUUUGGAGCCGGCUCGGAAAAUGUCUAUUGAGGAGGUGAUGCAGGGAUGGAGUGAGGGAGGAGGAGGAGGAGGAGGAGGAGGAGGAGGAGGAGGAGGAGGAGGAGGAGGAGGAGGAGGAGGAGGAGGAGGAGGAGGAGGAGGAGGAGGAGGAGGAGGAGGAGGAGAAGGGGCGGGAGGGCGAGGGGGGGUAGUGCAGGAUGGGGAGGUUGUGGUGCUGGAUCUGAAAAAUAAAUUGGUUGAGCCGGAGGAUUUUUUCGGGCAGUUGGAUAAGGCAAUGAACGUGCGCGUGUCAUGGAACAGAGGGCUGCUUAUUCAUUGGCUCGUGCAGGCGGAGGGCAAAAAGUGGAGUGAGCGGCUCAAGGACAUGGGCAUGCGGCCUCCCUACAGCUUUGGCUGCAUCCUGCGCUUCCUUCUCAAGCCACGGCCGGAGAUUCUGUCAAAAGCUGAAGCCACGUACCACCACCUCUUCUCCCCUAUUUCCUCCUCCUCCUCCCCUCCCCCCGCCCUCCUCCAAGCCCCAAAUCACCUGAGCGCUGGUCAAUCAGGGGCCUCCGGCUCCUGGCACAAUAGGGUGGUGGUUAUUGGGAUUCACGUCAGGGUGGAGGAUAGUUUCGUGUGGGCGGGCAAGAGAGGGUUUGGAGAUCCCAAGGUUCUGAAUGAGACGGAGAAGGCUGAGCUCAUGGCAUUGGCGGACGAUUAUAUUGCUUGUGCCCAGAAACUCGAAGCAUGGUGGAUGCCCCCUCCUAUCAUAGUUAAAUGGCUAAUUGUUAGCAACUCUCAGGAUCUCAAGACAGGUUUAAGGCUCAAAUAUCCAGACAAGGUGGUGGUGUCAGACAUCCUCCCAAUGCAUAUCAACAACCUCAUGCUCAAUGAUGCUGAGCCCUCGUCGCCACCACCUUCGCCACAAGCUGCUCGCGAUAAAGAAGCAGCUAUAUAUACCGGCGUUCUUACGGAUUGGCUCCUUUUGGCAUCUUCUGAUGUGUUCGUUAUAUCCCAGUCUGGAUAUUCCACCACAGCAACAUUCUUCUCGUAUCGCCUAGCGCCCAGUGUCCUCCUGCCGUGGGGCCAUGAAAGGUUGGUGCACGACGCGGCGGAGCUACAGCUGUGCCGCAUAGAGCUGGAGCGCGUGCGGCGGGAUCCGGGCGCAUCGGAGGCCGUGGGCAAGUGCCAGGAGCGGCUGGUGCGACUCAUGGGGACGCCCUCUGUCACCCACGCCAACGGCACCAUCGCGCCCGCGGCGACGCCAUUCGAGGACGUGGAGAGCAUGAGUGCUGUGGAGCUCAAGAAGGAGGUCAUUGACCUCAGGAUAGAGGUGGCAAUCCUGAGGCAGGAGAAGCUGCGGUUGGAGAGUGCAGAGAAGGAGCGUGCCGUGUGGGACAACGCCCUCGUCCCCAAGUCGGCAGUGGAGGGAGCGCGCAUGGUGGUAUCAGGCCACACAUGCCCCGUGGUGCCAGAAGCUCUCGUCAACGGCACGCACGUCAAUUCCGUCUCAGGCCUGGCUGAGCUCGUGACUGAGGCAACGGCGCAAGCAAUCAACGCCUCUGUUGCUGCGGCUGUCGCUGCUGGGAAUGGCACGGACGGCAACAGCACGUUGGGCGGGGCCGCGGUGUUUCCGGUGGUGACGAAUGAUGCUGCGCUGGCGGCUGUUGCGGGGGAUGUGAAGGAGGGGGAGAAUACGACCCUGGCGAGAUGGAAUGGCUACGAGUGCAGGGCGAGCAUAGCGGACAUGAAGAGGUACCUCAACUACACAGUGCGGGCGGACUGCCCGCACGACUGGUUCUUCGUGCAGCGCCUCAUGUUCAUCAAGGACUGCUUCUCGCUGCCGCGCCGCCGCUGCUUCACCAUCACGCCCCGCGCCGUGCAGGAGCCCAUAGCGCGGCCCAAGUCGCUGUUCUCGCAGGGGGCACUGAUGGACUCGAACGUGCGGUGGGACCUGCACCAGUGCAAGUCGUUUGGGUGCCUCAACUCGCGCGUGGAGGGUGAUUGCCGCAACUGCUUCAACAUGACCCUCGAGAGCAACCGCUGGAAGGCGCCCUUCCGCGGCUCCAUCACCAUGGCUGCUGUCAUCGCCAUGAAGCCCGGAUCGCUCAGGCUGGGGCUGGAUGUGGGGGGCGGCACGGGCAGCUUUGCGGCGCACAUGGCACGGUACGGUGUGACAGUGAUGACCACCGCAUACAACGUGGAGACCACCGCCAAUCGCACGGGCGGCCUGCCCUACAUGGAGGCCAUUGCGCUCAGGGGCCUCAUCCCCCUGCACUCGCCGCACAAGGGGCGGUUGCCGCUGUACGAUGGGACGUUGGACAUAGUGCACACGGUGAACAGCGUCAAGUACCUGCCCAUGCUCGAGUUCGAGGAGAUGCUCUUCGAGUGGGACCGCGUGCUCAGAGGAGGCGGGCUGCUGUGGCUGGAGAUGUUUUACGCGCCCAAGGAGGAGAUGCCGGCGUACGUGGCGCUGAUAGAGCUGCUGGGCUACAGCAAGCGCUACUGGAACUACUCGCCCAAGAACGACGUGGGCGAGAGGGAGGGCGAGCACGUGUACCUCAACUGCGUGCUGGAAAAGCCCUUCCGCCCCGGCACCCAGGUGCUUGACGGCCCUCCCAAGGAAGACCUCUCCUGGGACUAA